GAACACUGCCCCCUUGGACACGUAUACCUCUCGUUUCGUGAAGAGAAUUAUAUGAUUCUCCAGCAUUUAUUUCCAUAUCAGUAUUGGAAGGAAAAUAGACACCAUGACCAAAAUCCUCCUCACCGGGGCCACCGGCUACAUAGGCGGCACAGUCCUGGACGACCUCAUCAAGAGCGAAGCAGCAAGCAUCAAAGACUUAACCUUCGACCUCCUCGUGCGAAGUUAUGACGCUGCCGAGAAACUCAGAAAUGCAUAUGGAGAUCGCGUCAAGCCAAUUCUCUGGAAAGGCUUCACAGAUCUCGCAUUCGUGGCCGACACAGCCGCCAACUACGACAUCAUCAUCAACGCCGGCACGGGCUUCAUCCCAGAGGGCGCAAAAGCCUUCAUCCACGGGCUCGCCCGGCGAAUUAAACCGGGCGCACCAGUCCCAUGGUUCAUACACAUCGCUGGGUGCACGAAUCUUGCCGACCGUCCACUGACGGCAACCGCCUACCCAGACAGAGAAUGGGACGACGCCAACGGCAACGCCAUCUACGAGUUCCUCAAGAGCGAGGACGCCCGUGACCCCUACCCGCAGCGAACAACUGAAGUGGGCGUGCUCACCACCGCUGAAGAAACGGGCGUGCAGGCUGUGAGUCUCAACGCGCCGUGCAUCUUCGGAACUGGUCGCGGGCUUUUCAACACCCAGGGUCUCGUCCAGUUAGUCGCGAUGCGCUAUAUCCUCAAGCAUGGAUAUGGGUAUAAGUUGAACGAUACGGCGAAUUUCGACUGGGUGCAUGUCGAAGAUCUGGCUGAUUUGUUUGUGCUCAUCGUCCGUGCUAUUCUCGAACGUGAGGACCGUGGUGUGGGGUAUAUUCCCUCCGGCAAGAAUGGGAUCAUCUUUCCUGCUGUCGAACGGGUGCUUAUAACCCAGAUUAUGCAGGAGUGUCUAGAUAUUGCUUUUAAAGCGGGUGUUCUGCCUCGUGAUGAUACGCCGCAGGAAAAGGAGAUUCGGUUGAUGGGCCUUCAGGAAAUUGCGGAUGAGCUCAUGGCGGGUCUUUUGGAUGUAGCUGAGCGGGGUAUUGCUGGGCAUAAGAAGAUGAAGGGGACCGUGGCGAAGAGGUUGCUCGGUUGGAAUCCGACUAGGUUGGAAGAAGCUUGGAAGCAGGAGUAUAUAGAUGCGCUUGAGUUGCUGCAAAGUAGGAAGGGGCUGGAUACGCUAGAAACCUGCGUAGGCAAGUAGGAUGGUUAACUGCAUUGGAGUUUUAGACUGUCCCGAUUGAAAGAUAGUAUUUGCUAUAGUAGGCUAGAAUAGGUUCAGAC